GUGAUCAGAUAGAUUUCAGCGGCGUUCGACGACGGAAGCAAUUCAGUAGCAUUGGCGAAAUGGCGAGGAAUCUGGAAGAUAGUUGCAACAUGGCAAACGCCAAAUACGUGAGCAUUAAUAGGGAUUACCGCGAGCCGUACGCCGCCCACUUCAGCGCCUUGAGGGAUGCGGUGUACUCGCAUUGGAAGGGAUCGGGAGUUCUGGGCAAGCUGCUCAAGGGAACAACACUGGGCGGUGGAUAUGGCGAUAAGGUCAAGGUAUCAAUGCCCGAUGAGUACGACUUGGUUGUCCAUCUAGUCUUUCCGGAAAAUGACAAAAUCGUUGUCAAGGCGGAUGCGAGCAAGCCAGGCAACGUCAUACUGGACAUGACCAAGGUGAUGGAGAUUAUCGGGAAUCGGGAGCCCAACAAGCCAGUGUUUGAUCUCCUCCAGAAAAUCGUGAACAACAAAAAGCAGCUGCUGGAGGACAAGCUGCAGAGCUUCCUGCAGGGCAUCAUGAACCAGACGCUCAACAAAAUGUGCAAUCAGAUCGAGGUGCAAGGCGAGAUCUCGAAGCUUACAUAUAAGAAGUGCGGCCCCGCCCACACGAUCUUUGUGGAGGGGCCUUGCAAGUACUCCGUGGACUUCGUGCCAGCCAUCAAGCUUUCAGCAGCACAAGUGAUCUUGGCUCCGGAGCAAAGGAAACAUUUUGCUGGAACGCUCUACUGGGAUGCCGUUCCGAAGCCCAUGAAGCCAGCCAAAUGCGACAACGUAUCCUUCAGGGCCUCCUUCUAUGAGGCAGAGCGCCGUCUGCUCCACGGAAAGCAGUUCCUGAAGUCCGGAAUCCGUCUGAUGAAGCAGAACCGCAAUGUAAAGAACAAGGCGAACCUAAAGAGCUACCACAUCAAGACGGUCUUCCUGUGGCAGUUGAUCGCAAAGGAUGCCAGCUACUGGCAAAAACCCGUUAAAGAUAUACUUAUCGAGAUGAUGAGCAAACUGGCGGACUCGUUAGCUUUGACGCCGAGGAAGGGCAGGUUGCCCUUUUUCUGGGACCCCAAACUGGACAUGUUUGCCGACCUAACCGACUGCCAGCGAAUUGAUAUGUUCAACUACUUGAGGAAGUGCGAGUAUACCUUCCGCAAGGCCGACGGAAAUCUGAAUGACGACAACGAGAACAAUGUGCAGAACUCUUUCAGUGGCGGUAGGAACAAAGGAGCUGAGAACAGGCCAUCGAAUGGACAGAAAAAGGAAAACACCACAAAGGAAAGCAAACCUGCUGCUGCUGAACCAACUAAGUUCAUGAAAACCAAAGUGGCCGCCACAUCCAAUCCUCCAGCUCAAGCUUCAACUAAGACUUCGGAUGCAAAAACACAACUUAGUGAACCGAAGAAGCCCUUGGCGCCCGCCACCUCAAAUCCCAAGUCGAAGUCACCCAUCACUGCCGAUGCAAAGGUGUCACCUGCUCCUAGCAAAGCAAAUCCCAAUCCUAGCGAGCAGAAGGUGAAGUCUACUCCCGUCAAACCAAAUCCAAAACCGAACGUACAGCAACAGCAGGCUAAACCGAAUCCUGCCGAUCAGAACAGGAUCAAUCCAAAUGCCAAUGGUGCACAGCCCAAAACUGAUGCCAACUCGUACUCUUGCCAGAUAAGUUAAAAAU